AUGCAGUUUAUCAGUACUCCUGUAGUCACUGAUAAGCCAACACCUGAUAAAACAACAAUAUUACAGCAUUUCUUCCUCAUUACAGCCCAUAACUGGUUACAUUCAUCACCCUAUGCACCGCUGCCACCCAAAGCAGUGGUAGGCGGUUACGACAGUGACGGCAGUCCCAUCUAUGUUGGUCGUUCAUUUCACGAAGGUGAUUGUCUGCCGACCAAAGUAAUACCUAGUAAAAAAUUAGCCUUUGUUUCAUGGGCUGGUGGCGAACAUCCGAAAUCCAGUUACGAAUUAUUACUCGGCGAUAGUUACACUUGGCAACCCUGUUCUGGUCCAAAUAUACCACCGAAUGCUAUUAGCACUGGUAGAACGAGUAGUGGAGAACCGUUGUAUGUGGGUCGUGGCCACUAUGCCAAUAGUCUGACUGUGGGCAAGAUUCAACCAUCCCAUGGUUGUUUGUACAUACCCUAUCAGGGAGCAGAAAUUAAGUUGGAAAAAUAUGAGGUGUUGGUGUAUGGCGGAGGUGGUGUGGCAAUUGGUGGUUCUGCUCCCGAGGAGGCACCCUUAAUCGACUUUGAAGAAUACAAAUGGGUCCAUUCGUCCGCCUAUUCCACCCUGCCACCCAAUGCUGUGGUAGGUGGCAAUGAUGUUGAUGGUGAUAUGAUUUAUGUGGGCAGAGCAUUCCACCAUGGCGAUAUGUUGGUGUUAAAGGUGAUUCCUGCCAAAAAAUUGGCCUUCGGUUCGUGGAGGGGAGAGGAGGUUCCCAAAGACCAUUUUGAAAUUUUGUCAGGCCGCAAUUUGGUGUGGCGUCACUGCUACAAUCACAUGAUUCCCGACAAUGCUGUGGUAUGUGGCACCACGUCACUGGAACAGCCAGUUUACAUUGGCAGAGGCCACUACGAAGGUAGUUUAACUGUGGGCCGAGUUUCCAAAGUCCACAAGGCAUUAUUCAUUCCCUUCAAGGGUGUUGAGAGACGUUUGGAAACCUAUGAGAUUUUGGUUGAGGAGAAAUCAUCUGCUGGUUGGAAGGUAGAAUUGGCUUCGACUGAUCCCUUGCCUUCAACGCCGCCUCCACCACCACCAAUGACGGCCGAAAAAGUGUGUCCAUAUCCAGAAAUUAAACCAGUUAUGCCUAUGCCCGCUCCGGUGGGCCCACCUCCACCAUACACAGCUGUGGCUACACCUAUGCCCAUGCCUACUCCAAUGCCAAUGCCCAUGCCUAGUUAUUUGCCACCAAAACCAGCUGCAACGUAUGUGCCACCCGGUGGAGCCUAUGCUUCAGCAACUGUGAUACCAGCAUCCACAUACAAUCCCUCGUGCUGUCCACCACCCCCUCCACCUGCUACAAUUGUUGUUACCGCCACAAAUUACCAACCAUCCAAACGUUUUGACAGAUGGAUACCAUCCUCGCCCGGUUACACUCCAGGCGAUGCAGUGCACGCUGGCCAUGAUUCCGACAUGUCAACCAUUUAUGUUUGUCGUGCCUUUCACAAUGGUGACUAUAUUCCUGGUAAAGCUGUACCGGGACGUUCUUCGGCCUAUGUUUCAUAUCAGGGUCAAGAGUUUCAUAAGAAUAAUUAUGAAAUUUUAGUGGGUCAACACUACAUUUGGGUUCCGGCGAUUAACGGCUAUGCUCCAGGUGCCGUUGAAGGCGGUCGCACCAAAUGUGGAGAAGUUCUCUAUGUUGGUCGUGCCCAUUAUCAUGGUUCGCUGACUUGUGGUAAAAUUCAUCGUUCACAUGGUUGCCUCUAUAUUCCCUAUGGCGGUCGGGAAGUUCGUAUCGAUGGUGGCUAUGAAAUACUUGUACAUCGUGAUGAAUAUUAUCGUUGUCAGGUUCACAAUUGGUUACAUUCAUCCCCCGAUACACCGAAGCAAUCCAAAGCUGUUGGUGGUUAA